GUUGUUCAUUUUAACAGGUGCUAGCAAGCUAACCACCGACUGAGAUGUCAAGUAAAAUAUUUCCAGAAAUUUUCUUUUCGGCAUGAGGUAUACAAGCAUACAUUGCUUUACUCAUCACCUUCGCCUCUGACUGGGACUGACAUUUAUUUUCAACUGCAGUCGUGAGAGAUGGCCGUGGAACAAUUCGUGUCAAAGACAUUGGAACUUCUGCUGGAGGAAAGGGAGGCUGAAAUAGAGGAAACAAGGGUUUGGCAGGAGAACAUCUCUCCUAAGGAUCUUCAAAACAAAGGAGUAUGCCUGUUAAAACUUCAGAUCACAAGUCAGUCCACCGGCCUCUAUGGUCGCGUAGUUGUUGUGCUUGAACCAAGAAAGUAUCUUGGCCUCUCAUCUCUUCCAAGCAACAGUUUUGGACCAGGUGAUAUCGUUGGGUUGUACGACUCGAGUGGAUGCAGUGCGACAUCUCAGAUCAGCACUGGGAUUGUAACACGGGUCAGCCAGGCGUCCAUUAGUGUGGCUUUUGACGAUUCAAAGGAUGGAGUCAGUUUUGAUACAGAUGCUCUGUACAGCCUCUUAAAGUUGGCAAAUGAUGUGACUUACAAACGAAUGAAACGUGCUUUAAAUGUGUUAAAUGGAUACAAAAAUGGGCCGGCUGCAAAUCUAAUCAGUGUUCUUUUUGGAGAAGCCAAACCUUCUUCUCUUUCCCGGCCAGAUAAGAUAGAGUUCUUUAACUCCAACCUGGAUGAUUCCCAGAAAGAAGCAGUGACAUUUGCUCUGUCUCAGAGAGAACUGGCAGUAAUUCACGGACCCCCCGGAACGGGCAAAACCACCACAGUGGUGGAGAUCAUUCUGCAAGCCAUCAAACAAGGCCAAAAGGUCCUCUGCUGUGCCCCUUCUAACGUGGCUGUGGAUAAUUUAGUGGAGAGAUUAGCCCGGUGCAAGGCCAAAGUUCUGAGGCUGGGUCACCCUGCCAGACUGCUGGAGUCUAUACAAAAACAUUCACUGGAUGCCAUCCUCGCCAAGAGCGCCAGUGCACACAUCAUUGCUGACAUCCGCAAAGACAUUGACAAAGCUUUUGCGGCAAUGAAGAAAAACGCAGAGAAAGGAGGGCGGGGGAACUUCAGGCGGGAAAUAGGCGAGCUAAGAAAGGAGCUGAAAACCAGGGAAGCAACAGGCAUCUGCCAGGUUCUUCAAAGCGCUGAUGUCAUUUUAUCAACCAACACAGGUGCAUGUGAAGACGGGCCUCUGAAGUUCCUGCCAGCGGAGCAUUUUGAUUGGGUGGUGAUUGACGAGUGUGCCCAGUCGCUGGAGAGCAGCUGCUGGAUCACCCUGCUUCGAGCACGCAAAUGCAUUUUGUCUGGAGACUACAAGCAGUUACCACCUACCAUCAAAUCACAGGCGGCUGCUUCCAAAGGUCUAUCUGUUAGUCUUAUGGAAAGACUCAUCCAGAUGUAUGGCGAGUCAGUUGUGCGCAUGCUGACCGUCCAGUACCGCAUGAACAGUGCCAUCAUGGAAUGGGCCUCCAAAGAGAUGUACCAAGGCAGACUGACGGCCCACAGCUCAGUGGCGACACAUUUAUUAAAAGAUCUACCUGGUGUCACAUGUGUCGAAGAGACCAGCACACCUCUUCUUCUCAUCGACACGUCCGGCUGUGGUCUGACUGAAACACAGGCGGCAGAUGAACAGUCUAAAGGCAACCAAGGUGAGGUUGACAUUGUGGAUCUGCACAUAAAGGCUUUGACAGAAGCUGGAGUUAAUGCUAAAGACAUAGCUGUCAUUGCACCCUACAAUUUGCAAGUUGACCUUCUGCGCCAGAAACUUUCCGUAAGACACCCAGAGCUGGAAAUUAAAUCAGUGGAUGGAUUUCAAGGCCGAGAAAAAGAAGCUGUGGUUUUAUCUUUAGUGCGGUCCAAUAGAAAAGGUGAAGUUGGAUUUCUGGCUGAGGACCGAAGGAUCAAUGUGGCUGUCACACGUGCGAGACGUCACGUAGCUAUCGUGUGCGACACACAGACGGUUCAGAAUCACGCUUUCCUAAAGACAUUGGUGCAUCAUGUGACCGAGUACGGAGAGGUCAGAACUGCAUUUGAGUACAUACAAGACCUUGUACCACAGAACUACGUCCGUGACCACAAAGACACAAAGACUGAUACGUCGGCUUCUCAGAAGGAGAAGAAAGCCAAACCAAUCCAGAAGAAAUCAAAUGGAAGCAACCACACAAAAAAUGGUCAUAAACAGGAUAAGCACAUAACGAUGUCCGCAUCAACGCUCAUUGAUGAAGAACAGAACAAGAACAGAGAAAGCGAGAUCAGACGUAUGGUCGAGGAUUUUGCAAAGGACCUCAAUCAGAGUGAAGUCGAUUUCCCGCCAUCAUUUACCUCCCAUGAUCGCCUUCUGGUGCACCAGAUCGCCGAAGAGCUCGGCCUCAAUCAUGAGAGCAAAGGCGAGGGCAAAGACAGAUGCAUCACCAUCUCAAAGCAUGUUCCUCCUAAACCGCCUGAAUCAGCCGCAGUAGAACAGGAAGAGGUGCUAGAAGAAAAAGUGGGAGCAGCCGCUUCUCAAGAGAAGGACAUUCCUCCAAACGCAGAAUCUUCAAACCAAAAUCCAUUCGAUCUAAAAAGUCUACAUUUGGAACGAAUGAAGCGUGAGCAGCAGAAAAGAGAACAAAAGAAGCAACAGAACAUCUCAGUAUCUUCAAAGAAAACCAAUGCAGCUAAAGGAAAGAAGCAAACCAAAGCAGGCGCCUGUGAGAUUGCGGCUGCCGCUUCUCCCGACGAUGACUUUUACGCCCUCAUCAAUGCCGUGGUGAAGGCAGACAGCGUGUGCAGCUUUGUCAAGUGUAAAGCAUCGGUGCUAACACUCGGACAGCUUUGUUUGUUCUGCAACAGACAAUAUUGUCUCAGUCACCACAUACCAGAGGUACACGGCUGUGGAGAUAAAGCAAAGUCUCACGCUCGCAUGAGAAUAAGCAAAGAAGGGGUCCUGUACGCCGGAAGUGGCACUAAAGACAAAUCCAUGGACGCCAAUAAGAAAUCUUAUCUGCAUCGUAAACUCGACUCCAAACUCAAAGAUAUGGCAUCACAGAGGAAAAUGAAAAAAAACAAAGAGUAGGGUGGGUAACAUUGUUGGAAUAAAGUGGUGUGAAUUCUA